UCAAGUUUAGGGGGUUAAAUUCGGCGCAUGAUCAGCAAACCAGCCUAUUACAGCCUGUUAUAUCCUGAAAAGCUUUUCCGCGGCAGCUUUACAUUUCAGUUUGCUCUGGGCUAGUGUUCUGUUGACGGCACGCGUUGUCAUUUCCUUUCACGCGAAGGAAAAGUAACAGAAAAUCUUUUCGUCGAGGUCCCCACGCGUCAAUAUUUGCACGCAUUAACUUUUUGAUGAAAAAUCACACUGAAACCGAGAAAAAAUCCGUCAUCUAGGUUUUCCACUUGGUUUUAAAUCGACUUCCUGUUGACCCAACAACAGUUUUCCAGGCGGUGAAAAAAGAAUAACAUCUUGUAAAUUACUAGGUGACUUGAAUAUGCAAGAAUAAAAAGCAUUAUGUGCUUAUUGGAGAAAAGAAGUUGGAGGGAGUUAUUUUGUUCCAGUUCUCGAGAACUUUAAAGCUUGCCCCGGGGCGGGUUGCGGGAUUUUGGAUAGAAGACAUAUGUCAAGAUGUGAAGGAAAUGUGGGUUCCAAAGCGAAAAUAGGGACUCGGAAGUAUGGCCAGAUCAAAUCGGCCUUUGAACAGUCUGGGAUUCAAGCUGCCCUGACAAUAAUACACAACUUCUAAAUGAGACAUGGUGUUAAACACUGAAUGGGCUCAAGUUGAAGUAAUCGAUUUAAUAAACGACGGAUCUGGAUUAGCAUUUGGAAUAAUUGGUGGAAGAAGUACUGGAGUUGUUGUAAAAACAAUCGUACCUGGUGGUGUUGCCGAUAGGGACGGUCGUUUGCAGAGCGGUGAUCACAUCCUACAGAUAGGGGAAGUGAAUCUCAGAGGUCUCGGGUCGGAGCAGGUGGCCUCCGUGCUCAGACAAUGCGGCGUCCACGUGCGAAUGGUAGUUGCGAGACCGAUCGAAAUAUCGUCACAGGAGUUUCAGGGAUUGGAUAGCCAAGUUCCAAUCGUCCCAACUAAAAUACUAGGGGAUCCAGUUGAAUUAGAUAGACAUCUAAUUGAAAAUGGAUUUGGGGAUAUCUUCUCAAUACCGUCCACAAAUUUUACGACGCCGUUUAUCUAUACGGGUCAACAAACCGAUAUUCAGCUACACACUGUUCCCCGAUUAGUGGACGUGCGAAACUCCACAAACGGGACGAUAACAGCGCAAUUCCAGGACGUCGUACAACCGCAGCUUGUGUCGUUUGCUAAAACGAUAGCGAUCGAAACUGAGAUUGAGGAAAAUCCUCUCCCGGAAACGGAAAUGUACACGGUACAACUGCGGAAAGACGACUUGGGACUAGGGAUCACUGUGGCAGGAUACGUUUGCGAGAAAGAAGAAAUAUCCGGGAUUUUCGUUAAAAGUAUUAGUAAAGGAAGCGCAGCAGAUAUAAAUGGCAAAAUCAAAAUUAACGACCGUAUCGUUGAGGUGGAUGGAUGUUCGGUUGUUGGUCAAACAAACCACCAAGCCGUGGAAAUGUUAAGAAAUAGCGGUUCAACCGUGACAAUCACCCUCGAAAGGUAUUUGAGAGGUCCUAAAUAUGAACAACUACAACUAGCUAUUAGAGCAAACGAACUGAAACCUCCAUCGCCGCCUUCACCUUCAAUUUCAUCGCUGCCAAAAAUACCUUUAAGUUUAAUGACUUCAAGCAUUGAAGUUGAUGGAGAAUCAAGAACAAGUAUCGAUUUCGAUUCUGCUAUAUUAGUAGAAGAUGCAACAACGCCAACAAACGGCAGUGAUAAGGAAAUUGUUAUUGAUGGUGGAAAAAAGACUGUUCAAUUUAGUAUUUCUAGUCAUGAAGCUGUACAUGAAAAAUGGAAAAAUGUAUUAAGUAAUGAAGCGGAAGUCGUUAUUGCAGAAAUGAGUAAAGAUGGACAUAUUGGUUUAGGAAUUAGUCUCGAAGGUACUGUUGACGUGGAAGGUGGCCAAGAAGUUCGUCCACAUCAUUACAUAAGAAACAUACUUCCGAACGGUCCUGUUGGGAAAAAUGGAAUUUUGCAAUCCGGAGAUGAACUUCUUGAGGUAAACGGAAUCCAAUUGAUUGGAUUAAAUCAUUUGGAAGUCGUGUCGAUUUUGAAACAACUUCCAAAUUUUGUUAUGAUGGUUUGCGCAAGAUAUUCAGUUGAUACGAGAAUUAUUGAUACGGGUCAGUGUAGGGAUGCUUUUGAAGCCAGAGUUUCAUCAAUUUUCCAGAAUAUUCUCGCUGAAAGUUUACAAACUUUGAUACCAAAAUCGGACCGAUUAGUGAAAGCUAAGUCAGAUACAUCGAUUGCUUCAAAUUCAUUUGGCGAUGAUAAUCCAAACUCUUAUAACAUGGGAAAUCGAUCUAAAUCUUUAGAAACCGGAUCUGGAUUUCCUAUGUGGAAUAGUGAAUAUACUGAGGUUGUUUUAAAUAAAGGUGAUUUUGGAUUGGGAUUUUCAAUUUUAGAUUAUCAGGAUCCUUUUGAUCCAACAAGAACAGUUAUAGUUAUAAGAUCUUUAGUUCCUGGUGGGGUUGCUCAAGCUGAUGGGAAACUUAUACCAGGCGAUCGAUUGAUUGCGGUUAAUGAUAUAAUUGUUGAGCACACAUCUUUGGAUAGAGCUGUCCAAGUAUUGAAGUCUGCGCCGAAAGGAAUUGUUAAAAUAAAAGUUGCGAAACCGCUUUCUUCAAUGGAUAACAUUUCCCAUCAUAGCCAGGAUACAGACCAGGAAGAUCAGACCUACUUGGACGAGUUUCAAGAAUGCAUCGAGGAGUACCAGGAAUGUCUGGAAGUGGUCCAAAUCUGCAUAGAUGAGGACGUUUCAUUCAGCCACUCGUCCAGUGCCGCCUGCCCCGACGAGCUACCACUUUCGGUCAACCACCGCGGAGUUUCCUCUCUUCAGGGUGCUGUUCCGUGUUUACUUGGCGUCGCGACCGAUAACCAACGAAAUAACGGUAGUGAACUUGAUUUGAGUUUCAAGAGCACGUGUGAUUUGAAUGGUAAAGAUUUGUUAAGAACUACUGAAAGUGUAGUGACAAAAAUGGAUUUUGUGGGUAGUGAACCGAGUCGAGUGCAACAACAAGAAGAAACAUCGGAAAAAGACGGAUAUGAAACGUGCGUGGACGAAUCGUUUUCGGAUGAAGGUAGUAAAGACAAUGAAGGUAAUGAAAAAACACCAACGAAUUCAAUCGAUAACAUCAAAAGUAGUUCUUCUUCUGAACCAUACUUAAAGAAUAUCGAUGUUGAUUACGCGAAAACCAAUCACAUUUGUUUUGAUUCAAAAUUAGAUGAACUUUCCUCUUUCGAUCAUCAUCAAGAUAUUUCUGGUGAUGAAUUCUUUUUAGUGCAAUGCUCAAAGGAUGAUUUACCGGUUUUAAAAGCGGACGUUUUAAAAUUUUGUAGUGAUUCUCGCGUUUUAGAAAGUUCCGAUUCCACUCCGACUGUUAAAUAUAGAAGAUGUAUCAAAGAAUAUUACAAUGAUUACGCCGAUUGUUUAGAAUCUUAUAAAAAUUACGUACAAAAACUAAACGAAAUCGGUAAACAAUCUUCUAUCGAAAUGAAUGAUGACGAUAUUUUUAACGACAUCAUUUUACCGCAUAAAAGCAAAUCAGCACCCGAUAUACUCGAUAAUAGUUUUGUGACUAUGACCUAUGAUCCUGGACCUGAUGUAAGCAGAAGAAAAUCAGUUUUUAUUUCUGGAUAUGCAGACGAAAGUGAUUCAAUGACUGUUAUAAGAGGUUUAGAUACAAAUUUUCCGACAUCGAAACCCAGCGAAUUACCCGGAAUGCUGCAAAAGCAUUGGGGUUCGAUAAGAAAAGUCGAAAUAGGAAAGGAACCAAAUGCUAGUAUAGGAAUAAGUAUUGUUGGCGGAAAAGUUGACAUAAAUAACGAUUCAAAUUCAGAAUCUUUAUUGGGUAUAUUUAUAAAGAAUGUGGUUCCGGAUAGUCCAGCUGGUCGAUCGGGCCAAUUAAACACCGGUGACAGGAUACUAGAAGUAAGCGGCGUUGAUCUAAGGGAGGCCAGUCAUGAUAAAGCAGUAGAAGCCAUACGAAAUUCACCUAAUCCAGUAGUUUUCCUCAUACAGUCUUUAAUUCCCUGGGGCGUUGAAAAUUGUCAAGAUAUCGACGAGAAAGAUAAUUAUGAAGAGGAAGAUAGAAUUGCACCUGCUCAAUAUACAACUAAAGAACCAAUUUCAAAUAACUCAAAAUCAGAAGAAGUUUGCUCAAAUAUUCCAAAUCAUGUUCCUUCAAGUCCACGUCCUAGUCCAGAAAGAAAAGUCGAACCCGUCUCAAAACCGCCGGAAGAAUCUACUAUUAAAGAAGAAGGUGAUACACCAAAAGUGCUUGAACAAAAACCUAUAUAUGAGGAGUCAUCUGAAGAAAGUGAAGAUGAAGAAGACGUUCGGGAAAUGGAAGGAAGAACGGUUUCAAAGAAAGGACAAGAGAUCGAUCGAGCUAGCGCUGCUAACCUGAAAAGAACCAAAGAAGAAAUAGCCGCCGAUCCCGAAGAGGAGGACGAUUUCGGAUACACAAUGAAUAAAGUGAAGAAGAAAUAUGCGAGCCUCGGCCACUCGAUUUUAAUGGUACAAUUGGAAAGGGGAGGUCAAGGAUUGGGAUUGAGCCUAGCUGGACAUAAAGAUAGAAAUUGUAUGGCCGUCUUUGUGUGCGGUAUCAAUCCAACGGGGGCAGCUUAUCGUACGGGGGGUAUUCAAGUUGGGGAUGAAAUUCUUGAGGUAAAUGGGGUGGUGCUUCACGGAAGAUGCCACCUGAACGCCUCCGCGAUCAUAAAAAGCUUAUCCGGACCGAUUUUCAAGGUGAUCAUUCUCAGACGGAAAGCAGCCAUCGAUGACAUUGCCGUUCGUCCCAUCACGCAGUUCCCAGUUUCGUUGGCCGAGGAGGCGUCCGAGGAACAUUUUAACACCUACCCGAAUGUGCGCACCAUCACUGUAAAAAAGGGCCCACAAGGCUUGGGGAUAAUGAUAAUAGAGGGAAAGCACACAGAUGUAGGACAAGGGAUUUUCAUUUCGGAUAUUCAGGAAGGUAGUUCAGCCGAAAAGGCAGGACUUGAAAUUGGUGAAAUGAUCCUGGCGGUGAAUAAAGAGCCACUUCUCGGGUCAAACUACGAUAACGCUGCCACGUUAUUAAAAAGAACGGAAGGAUUGGUUACAUUGAUAGUUUCCAAUCCAACGAAGAAACCAACAACGCCUGACGGUGCCGUGGCUAAUGAUGUCGGUGCCAAUGUUCCUAACAGUUUAACAGCUAACAACGUUUCUGCAAAAUCAGCUUUAAAACCUUCAGCUACACCUUCCAGACCUACAACACCUGUACCGGAAGUUCAUGCCGAUCCAACAACUUGCCCUAUUAUACCAGGUAAAGAUACCCAGGUGGAAAUAACGACUGAAAACAAGGUUUUGGGGAUAUUCUUUAUUGGAGGAAAAGACACUCCAACGCCGGAAGGAAUUAUUAUUGUCGAAGUUUAUGGAGGUGGUGUGGCUGAAAAAGAUGGAAGAUUGCAACCGGGUGAUCAAAUCAUGGAAGUUAACGGGACACUUCUUAAAGACGUUACGCAUACAACAGCGUCACAAGCAUUAAGACAGACACUGCCAAAAAUGAAACUUACCAUUUAUCGCCCUGAAAAGCUUGAUUAUCAAACGAUCGAAACAGAUUUGGUUAAAAAACCAGGGAAAGGUUUAGGAUUAAGUGUGAUAGCAAGAAAGGAUAAAAAAGGUGUUUAUAUUUCCGAAAUUUUAAGUGGAGGAAUAGCAGAUCUUGAUGGUAAAAUAAUGAAAGGUGAUCUACUAGUGUCAGUAAAUGGUCAAAGUGUGGAUAACGUCCCAAGCGAAGAAGCUGGGGCGGUACUAAAGACUGCUGCCGGUAAAGUUACCCUAAAAUUUAACAGAUACAAAGCCAUAAAUAGAUAAUUAAUUUUAAUCGAAUUUUUUUCUCGCCGUAAUAUUAUUUUCUUUCCAUUAUUUACACUUAAAAAAAUUUAUAAUUCAAUAAAAAUAUCACAAUUUUUACAAGAAAAAAUAGCUACUGCACCAAUAAAUUAUAAUAAUCUCAUAAUCUCAUCCUAUCUGAUUAAAAAAAGAGGUAUCUGCAAUACCUUCACGUCUCCCUUAAAAAAUCUGAGUAUUAAUAUCCAAAACUAAAAAAUCGGUUACAUAUUUAAAUCGAAAUAUGUAACUAAACCGUAGUAAAUAAAUACGUAUGUUAUUUUCACAUCUAGUCAAUUUAUUGUUACUUAUUCGUUAAAGUGGCGUUGUUAUGAAAAGAAUAAUUAAAAAAAUGAAAAAUGCCUUGCUAUUGAACAUUCUCAGUUCUCUUCAUAUCAUCGGGCGAAACCCAUGAUACGACUAUAACAUCAAAAAAAAUAUUUUAUUUGAUAACUUAGUAUACCUGCUUACAUUGUGAUAUGUAUAGCUAUAAUGUGGAGUAAUUAAACAAAGUUUUAAUGUUUACCGCAUUAAGUGCAAUUUAGAGAAUUCUAAAACAAAGACGACUUUUUAAGCCUGACGUUAUAGACGACAUUUUACUAAAAUAAAAGAGAACUUAUUAUAAAAGAUAAAAGUACAAUAACACUUACUAUUACUUGUUAGAAAAAAAAAUAAUAAAAGUGGAUUUUAUAUUACUAUUAGGACGUUCCAAAUUCCACGUUUUUCAAAUAUUAUAACAUUAAAUCGGGCUAAAAAAGUGUUUUAUGUUUCUAAUUUUGUUUAUUUGUUAAAUCUUUGUUCCAUUUUUAUAUUGAAUCCCUUUCUUAGAUUAUUAUAAAAUAAUAUUUCUCUUUGAAAUAUAUGAACUAUGGACCAGGUGUUAAAAACUCUAUAUAGAAAAUUUUAAAGAGAGAACGCUUUUAUCUAUAGAUUAAAUUAUAAAUUAAUAAAACGUUAAAUAUUUACGAAUGUUUUUAGAAAAUUUUCGAGAAAUCAUAAAAUAAUACUUUCUUUGCACAGUUCGGUGUUCUACAAGAGGGAUUAUAUUUUCACUAAAUUUAUAAUUAGAUAUUAUUAUCAAAAAAGAACACGUAGACUUAACAUCGUAGACAUUUUUUAAAUUAUUUUUAACAAUUAUAUAAAACUUUUAACGUUUCUUUUUCUUUCCUGUACCGGAAAAACAGCCCUAAGACAAGCGAGUGCAUCUAGUUAACGUUUUUAAAAAAAUACUAUUUAUUACAACUAAAAUUUAGACCUAGUUUCGUGCAGACUGUAAGGAUUUGUACAUAAUAUAACGUCUUGCGAAGUUCACUACUUAUAAAUUAAUUGAAUUUAGAAUUUAAUUUGUAAAUAGAAUUAAGUAAUGUUGCAUGUGCUAGAAUUUUAAUAAAAUUCAUUUUGUCUCGAAAAAGA